AUGGGGGACGAGUUAUCUUCCACCGUCGGUCCUAGAAAGGUCAACCACCGUCCCUCUAUUCCUCCCUCUCCCUCUCUCUCUCUGUGGCUCCAUUGAGCUUCCCUGACCCUGGCCUCUGUUUCAUCUGCAGCUAAAAUUUGCACCCAAGAUACCUGCCCGCAAGCCCUCCAAGCCAGCCCCCGUCGUUAAGAGGUAGUCGUCUUAUACGGUUUUCUUCUAUAAUUGUUAGUACCCAUCUCUUAAAAAUCUCAUCUCCGCCAUGCAGAGAGGAGCCCGAGGAGACUUCCAGCCUUGUCCUAGACCACGAGCUACUGAGGCGUGUCAAGGUGAGACUGACUUUCUCCCAUGCUUCCACUGCGCGCCAAAGUAGCGCCCGGUUAUGUGCAUGCUUUCCCUUCUCAUUAGGAUCAUGAUGAUGAUGAUGCUGACGAACGACUCUAUCUUCUUCCUCAGCAAGCCGAGCUUGCUCCUGGAAGGAGAGCUUUCAAGGAUGAGAAGAAAGGUGAGAGAGUUGCAGACAGCCACCAUGAUUUAUUCCUGUUCUUUACUCCUUCCUUCGUUUCUGGUUGUCCUUGUUUCUAGAUCCUAGAGUUAUCAUUUUUUUUAACCUUGAAAUUGAGAAACGGAAGCAGAGGAGCUCUGAUCCACAGAGCUAUUUGCUUUGACAAAUUUGUCUACGUUUGAUCUCUCCCUUGAUUCAUUUUCACGAUCUUGUAAUUACCGAGGGUUGACAUUUUAAGGCUGAUACAGUCUAAAAUAUCCAAUCGCAGGAGUGCCAAUUCAGGUCGCCUUUGGGCAUCAGAGUGCAGGCACCUAUGCCAGGCCCUUUGGCGUUCCGAAGCCUCUGCAGAAACAUGAAGGUCUUCAUCUACUGGUUCUCGAUUCUUUACUGUCCUUGGCAGUCUUCUUAGUUCUUAAUUAAUUUAUUUAUUUUUAUGUUCAUGUCCAUAGAUGGUGCAGAUGGACCAGGCCAAACCAUUGAGAAAGAAUAUGUGGAGCCAUGGGUCUGUUCCUAUAUGAUCAUCUUCCAUCUUCCUCAUUUUUUUCUUCACAAACAUAUAUAUACAUAUUCUGGAUCUCAGGCAAUUUUUUAAUUAUUGUAGGAUUAUUAUUCAUACUAUCCGGUCACCCUUCCUCUGAGGAGGCCUUAUUCUGGGAACCCAGGUGAGCCCAUUUCAGACAAUGGCCUGUGAUGCUGAUUUGCAUGUAACAAUUUUCCUUUCCUUUUAUGGAAACUCAGUAGAGCUCCAUGCAAUUGUGUAGUAGAACAUUACUUUUAAUGGCAAUCCAGCAGAUCUUCAGGUCGUUGCCCAUGUAAUUAAUUACAUGGAAGAAUGUUACUGACCUUCUAGUGAAAUCUUCUCUCAGAAACUCUGGACGACGACGAGUUUGGGGAGGCUUCUGGGGAUUUUCAGCUCGACGAAGUUCGCACAAACCCUGCCGUGGAGCUGGGCUUGAUGGUUGCCACUCCUCCCCCCCCUUUCUUCCUCGUUACCCAUUGCUUCUUGGUCCUUCCGAGCUCUCCCAUUGACGGUGGCUUUUGCUGAUGGAAGGACGAUGGAGGGGCUCCAAGAAUGCUCUUCUUCCAAUUACCUGCAUCUCUUCCAUCAUCGGAGAUUUCAGGGGCGGCUGCUGCCGAUUCCGAGAGGGGGAAAGGGGUCGGCAGCAGUGAGGGAGUGGUCGCUGAGAAGCGCUGUAGCCUGGAGGAUCUUCCUGCUGGAUUGAUGGGGAAGAUGCUCGUGUACAGAAGCGGGGUCGUCAAGAUGAAGCUCGGGGACGCCCUCUUUGAUGUAAGUGGGUUACUCUCCUUCAUGGAAUCAUAGUGCCAACCUCUGAUUCUUUCAACUCUCUCUCUCUCUCUCUAGCAGACCGUUGUUACUUCUGGUCUCAAGUGAAGAGAAGGGAACACAAGCUAGUGUUUUUUUUUUCUUUUCAUAAAAGGGUAGUAGGACUUCUCCUGCUGACUCCACCAGAGAAGCUUCACCACAACCCCCCAUGUGUUUGACUAAACUGUUGAAAUUUUCUUGGCUGUGCAGGUCAACCCCGGUUCAAAGUGCGUGUUUGCCCAGGAUGUGAUGGGGGUCAACGCCCAGGAGAAGCAUUGCUCACUCCUCGGGGAGCUCAACAGCCGCGCCCUUGUGACCCCUGACAUAGAAACUCUCUUGGACUCCAUUGCCGAUCAAGAAGGAAAAUAA